AUGGCAGGGUUAUUGAAGAAGCCUUUCAAGCUGGCUCUCAUUCAGCUAGCCUCAGGUGGUGACAAGACGGUGAAUCUUGCACAUGCGCGGUCCAAGAUAGUCGAAGCAGCCAAAGCCGGGGCAUCGCUGGUCGUGCUCCCAGAAUGCUUUAACUCGCCGUAUGGUUGCCAGUAUUUCCCGAAAUACGCAGAGACCAUUCUGCCGUCUCCUCCUUCACCAGAAAAGUCGCCGUCAUGGCAUAUGUUGUCAUCGGUAGCAGCAGAGACCAAGACAUAUCUGAUAGGAGGGAGCAUACCGGAAUUUGUUCCAGAGACGAAAGAGUAUUUCAACACCUCGCUGGUCUUCUCGCCGACAGGGAAGCUUGUGGCCACACACCGGAAGACACAUCUAUUCGACAUAGACAUUCCCGGGAAGAUCAAAUUUAAAGAGAGUGAUGUGCUCACCGCGGGUAACAAGGUGACUAUCGUUGACUUGCCAGAAUAUGGUAAGAUAGGACUGGCCAUCUGCUACGAUGUUCGAUUCCCGGAAUUGGCCAUGAUUGCAGCCAGGAAAGGAGCAUUCAUGUUCGUCUACCCCGGCGCAUUCAACACCACAACCGGUCCGAUGCACUGGUCCUUACAAGCACGCGCCAGAGCCAUGGAUAACCAGAUCUACGUUGCCAUGUGCAGUCCAGCACGAGAUAUGGAUGCAACAUAUCAUGCUUAUGGGCACUCAAUGGUUGUCAAUCCAAAUGCCGAGGUCGUGACAGAGGCGGACGAACACGAGGUGACUGUUUACGCUGACCUUGACGGGGCAAAGAUUGAAGAGACGAGGAAAGGUAUUCCUAUUUAUACUCAGAGAAGGUUCGAUGUCUAUCCUGAUUCUCAUCACGUGAACGAAAUCUUGGCCAAACUUGCCGAUUUUGGAAUAGCCCACACUUUGGAAUCUUCAACUUUCAGUCUGCGCAAACCAGUAGGUUUUGUCUUUUGUCGCAGUUCAACAACCACCUUUUUGUCGCCCAACUUCCAACAACCUCCCCCUGUCCAUCUUCUUCAGAUCACCGCCAAAAUGGUCAAGGACAACCCAAAGACUCAGCCCAAGAAGACGGGAGCACCCAAGAAGACUCGAUCAGCCAUCUCCGAUGUCGUCGCCCGCGAAUACACCAUCCACCUCCACAAGCGAGUAUGUUUUAAAAUCCUAAAGUGAUACCUUAGUUUUGCACCUGCGUUUGGAGCAAUGGGAGAAAAAAAAAUUAAAGAGGAGGGACAAUCAGUUUUAUGAAGUCCACCCGAAUGGCUUGCGCCCCCUUGACUCUCUCUCUCUCUCUCACACACACAUACCCUUCUCUAUCUCUCAACAUGAACCAAGCAUUUUGGACGGAAGACUGAUUUUAUACACUUUUUGUGACAUAAAAGGUUCACGGUGUGAGCUUCAAGAAGCGAGCCCCUCGUGCGAUCAAGGAGAUUCGCAAAUUUGCGACUCAAGCCAUGGGCACCUCGGACGUCCGCCUCGACCCUCAAUUGAACAAGAAGGUCUGGGAAUCCGGCAUCAAGGGAGUCCCCUUCCGCCUGCGCGUGCGCAUCAGCCGUAAGCGUAACGACGAGGAGGGCGCCAAGGAGAAGCUGUACAGCUACGUCCAGGCCGUCAACGUCAAGAACAAGGAAGCCAAGGGCCUGCAGACUGUCGUCGUCGAGGACUCGUAAAUCAAAUCAACCGACCCACAAACGAGAGGGGGAAAAAAAGAGCGCCAACGAACGGAACGUCAGACCACUGGCCGGGGAUGCUUUCUUAAUCGGGGAUGUUACCGUGAAGCAGGGGCAGCCUUCUCAAAUUGACGGAUGGCGGAUAGAUAUGUGAUUGUGCGGCCAUGCGGGGGGGAACAACGAAGAACCGCGCGGUUUGAGACCCUGUUGUGGUCGGAGCACGGGGCGCACAACGUGAAUGGUACGAGGGAAAUCUCAACCUUGGGGAUCUUUCGUUUGGAGAGAUGGGACAAUAUGGAAGGCUCUGUUCUUUUUUUCUUUUCCACAAUCCAAAAGAAAUUAAGACCUCAGAGCACCCUCCAUGAUUAUGGGAGUUGUUAAACUGCUCUACGAGUUACCAUACCUACUUAGCAUUGCAGCGAAAUGUUAUGAAAAAAGCUUCAAAUCAAAAGAA